AUGAUCGACGACGUGCAACUCGGCGUGCUGGCCAACCUGAUGGGCUGCAGCGUGUUCCUCAUCAUUGUCCUCUUCCACUACGUCACUGCUGGCGCCAAGGAGGAGACCGACUAG